CAGCGGUGCUGAGACGUUUUAAAUCAGACAGCCAGGCUGCAGACUUUGGAUAGUAGGAGGACCUAUGAAGAAGAUGAUGUGUAGGCCACAUGGGAUAAGGAAGGAAGAACCAAUGACAAUUUAAGAGUUUAUCUCCUAGUUUCCUUUGCACAAUCAGGGAAGAAGAAAAGUUAACACUGGAAAAAAUGAAGAAAAAAGGGAAUUUAGGCAUGAUCAAGCAGAGUAAGUCAGCUAGUGAUAUUACGCAAGGAAUUCUGGACCAAAAAGAUGACUUUGGAUCCUCCCUCAGCGGUUUCCAGAGCAGGCUGGGAACCAGGUCAUUGUCACAUGACAGUAUUUUUCUGUCAGAACAGCGUCAGUCAGACCCUGAGCCAGCCAGGGUUCUUUCCCAGGAGUACACCCAUGGAAAAAUUCAAGCAUUGCAAUUGAAGCUACAGAUGCAAAAGAUGCACCUAGGCCCACCACCUCUGGUGUUGCAAGUUAAACAAACUGAAGACCAUCAACACCCCACUGAAGUCCUGACAUUGUCCAAAAACCUGCCGCACAAGUCUUCAUCACAGGGAAUUUUACCUCAUCCAAUCAGCCCCACACUGCCAGCAUUUCAUUCCUCUACACCUUCACCUGGGAUAGAUUUCAGCACCCUUCCUCGGGUUAUCUCCUGUCUGGACAACUCUGCUGCUCGACAUCGGAUGUCCAUUAAGCCCCGGAAUCAGAGAGCCAGCACUAAGAGCAGAAGAAUGCCCACCUCAGAUAAAAGCAAAUUUCGCUCAGAAAGUAUGAUUAUCCUUGAACGACCUCUAACUGACAGUAAACAAGAGGAUGAGAUGGAUGUCACCAAGGAAAUGAUCAAUGUAUGCUCCCACUCCUCGCAGAUCAUUAGGCCAGGGAUGAUCCUUACCUCUCCUCCAAUUAAAAGCACAUGUCCUGCUUCACCACUGAAAUUUCUGGUGACAGCCGAUGAUGAAUAUCAACCACAUGAUAUGAGCCAAUGUAAAGCAAAGGAAAAGCCUUCUGUGAGCACCAGUGCAGAAGUAGGAACUAAGCCGAUACGGAAAUCGGCAGAAGGGAUGGUUGCCAAAAUUCCUAGCUCAGUUGGUCCAAUCAGUCAUAAGAGGAGUGGAGACCAUAAAGAGAGUCUGCAUAGCUCCAGCUUUAAGGGUGUUGAAGGCAAUGAUGUUUCCAUUGUAAGCUCUGUAUAUACACCAUGUUCUGUUUCAUUAGGUACUGAACAGGUUCAGCCUAAAUCUGACAAAGAAUUAAAUACAGCAACAACUUAUAUUAAGAGAAGUGUAUUGAACAGGAACAGAGUGCAAGAUACAAUGCAAGAACAUAAUUUUCAAGACCAGCCAUUGAAACCCCUUUUACCCUUCGAUUCCAAAUUCGAGGGCAGAAAUGUGCACAAAAUCUGUUUAUUACCACUUUCCAGUCAGGAGGGCUGCCUACAGGAGUCCACAACCCAACAACGGUCUCUAAGUUUUUCUGUCUCCUCAGGUCAAAGUCAUGAAAGGCAGAGAACUGGAAGCUUUACUGGAGAGAUGGAGCAAGCAGGGGGAAAGACAGAGCAUGUUGUACCACUAAUUAAACCGUUGUCAAACCUCAAAACACAGGAUCUAUGCAGUACUACACAAGUAAUGACAUCACAGACAGGAGCUAACAGCACUCCAGCAGUUUCAACUAAAUCUAGAGAUCUCACUAUAACUGUGUCUGCUGCUCAAGAAAGUCUAGCAAAUAAUACCAGAGACAUGACAGGGGAGACUCAAGAGGGAGUUGAUGAGACAAAUGAGGAGAUGAAAAGGAACGGCGUCAGUAAGGAGCAGAGAAAGGAAGGGAGUGUUUACGAAGUAAAGCUGCAAAACACUUCUAAAUUAAAGGUCAAUGUCAAACAGCAUAACUCUGAGGUCAGGAGUCUGAGUGCACCUUGGUUGCCAGAAUCGAAUUCUCCUACAGUUGUAGGCCAGAAUGACAGCAAGGUGGGGCCUGUAAGAGAACCUUCCAGAAGUCCACCUUUCUCUAACACUGAGCCUCCGUUAUUCUCCAGUAUUCGACCUCAUAGUGCCAAAAGGGCCCAAGAGGGAGCUGGACUAAUUACAUUUUCUGAUUUCCAGGCUUCAGCUCAGUUUCCAGGUUCAACUAUUAACUUCACUACGAGUACGCCAGUGUGUGUGAUGGAGAAAAGCCCAGUACAAACAGGUGCAAAAGAGUCAAGAGAGGCUUCCACGGAGCUCUCCUGGGUGACUCUAGCCCGAGAAAAGACCAAAAGCCUCCAGCAACUCUUUACAAACACACUGAAUGAUCUUGCUGGCCUGCAGACAGCCACACGACCAGCGUCAACUAACACACUAACACAAAUGUCAAAACCCAGUGCAGAAUCUAUAAGGCCCAAACAUGUAAUGUCAUCUGCACAGCCCUCUGUCAGUCCAUUACAGACUCAACAUGCUGUCUUAAGGGCAACGCAUCCAACUCACUCUCCAAAUCCAAUGUCUUCCAUCAGCUCUGCACAGCCAUCCAUAGCUCAGUCAAGAGGAGUAGACUUCUCCUUAAAACACACUCAUUCACCAAUGAGUCAUGUACAGCAAUCUCAUCUUGGUGCCAAACCAGGACAAAUGUCUACUCACUCAGCUACAAAACCAGUGCAAUUGACAGGAAUUUAUAUACCACCUACCCGGUUGGCCCCUCAAACGACUGCAGUACAGCAGCAUUUACCCCAGAUGUCAAUAAAUCAGGCCGAUCCAAUCCAGCAAUCUCUGCCACAAAGCAUGGCAAAACCUCAAUCAUCACUAUCACUUCGUCUGUCAUUGAGUCCAAAGCUGGCACAUCAUCAUCCUGCUCAUCAAGCACCCUUACCACUUUCACAGUCCAGAGCACUUGUGGAAAACUUGUCCUUUUUGCCUUUAGGGACAGUGGAUCAGCUCUCCAUGCAUCAGGGAAAAAGCUCAACAGAAAGCCAAGCACAGUAUGCAGGCCUGGGGAGCAAGGCUUUACUUAUCGAGGAAUGGCAGUACCAAAAACCUGAUGCAGUCAAGGUAGUGGACCAGAAAUCUCCACCAGACUCUGAAACGUAUGCAUCUUUGGAUGAAUUAUUGACCCUUUCCAGUUAUAGCAAGUCCACAGAAUUACCAGUUUCGCCUGGGCUCAUGAGGCUAGACCGAGAGGUCAGGUGUCAGAAGAAAGCAUUACCACCUCCCUCACCUUCUUCAUCAUCAUAUCUUCAGUCAAACAGUGAUAAUAGACAGCCUUCCUGGAUGGAGCUGGCAAAGAGGAAAUCUAUGGCCUGGAGUGAUAAGACUAUGGACUGAAUUACAUAUAAGAGCAUACCAAAUUUUAAAAUUCCAGAAAAAACUGAGAGGACAAAAUAUAUGAUGUUUUUCAAGUUUGUGUGUUUGUUUGAUGGGAAAGAAGUGGCAGAUGAGAAAGCAGUGGAAGAAGGAGAAAUAAAAAAAUGACAAGUAAAAGAGAAGGAAAAAGGUUUUGUAGCUGCCACAAAAACACAACUACACAGUUCUCCAAAUACCCCUUGUUAUGGUGUUCUCAGGUUUAUCACAGUGUUGUUUUUAUUAAGGAAUAAUCUAUAUACAUUUAUAUUUACAAAUCUAUUUAUGAGUUUUAGUUUUGCCUGACUAAAUGUGAUCAAUUUAAAUUAUGGUUUUGUGUUUAAUUACAAAAUGAAAUGCAUAUUAGAAGGGUAGUCUUUUAUGUAAAGUUCAUCUUUGGCUCAUUAAGAUAUAUGCAUACAAUUAAAUUGAACAGUUAUACAAGUCAGUUUUUAUCAAUGAAACUUUAUUUGGGGAUUACAGUAUUUGAGAUUAUAAGGGAUUUUGCAAUCAAAUGUUUUAACUGGUUUAAAUUAGACUUUCAUAAAGAUUAUAAGUAUUACUUAGAAUAGUGUAUACCUGCAAACUUCGAUCAGUGUGUACAUUUGAAAAACGUCUUGCAUUUACCGUAUAAAUGUUUUUCAGGGGAAUGGGGCCAGUGUUUACUGAUAUUUAGCACAGGUAUUUCAUAGUGCAUAUUUGAUCAAAGUGUUUAAAGCUGGAAAUUGUAAAGUGUUAUUUAUUAUCUAAUGCAUUGUUUGUUAAUGUGCGGUCUGGGGAUGCUGAAGGAUCUUUGAUGCAUAGCUAUGGGAGUCUGUGAUUUUGUUUGUUUGUUUUUGUUUGUUUCAGUGGUGGAAAUCACAAGCUCCUGCCAUCAACAUCAAUAUAUUUUUUAGCUUUUAUAGUUAUUAACAUAUCUGACAGGUCACUUGUAUGGAUGGAUACAAUAACUUAACAACUUCUUAA